CUGAGUAAUGCUGUCCUUACAGAUCCGGCAUCAGGUGGUUCAGAAGAUUGGGCGAAAGGUAAAGCACAUGUGAAAUACUCGUAUCUCUUCGAAUUGCGACCGGAAGAGCAAGUUUGGGAUGGAUUUCUACUUUCUGAGAAUCAGAUCAUGCCAACGGCACGAGAAACCUGGGAGGCCGUGAAGGUGAUCGCCUCUCAAACUCUUGCUAUACCGACCGUUGCUCGAGCUCCCCAACGCCGCCCUCACGCGCGAUUGUGUGUGGACCGAGACACGUUAUGUACAAGCUGGGCGCAGGGUGGUGCCUGCGCCACAUGGCCGGAGAUGCGGACGCGUUGUCCGCGAUCGUGCGGCUUCUGUGCAAAGUAG